UGUGUCUCGCAUGCGCACACUAAACAUCGAUAUAGUGAGAGAAAGAGAGGUUGUAGAGAGAGAAAUAGAUGGGAGAUUGCAGGAGAGUGGGUGUGGCCGUUGACUUCUCACCGUGCAGCAGGAAGGCGCUUGAAUGGGCAGUGAAUAACAUUGUGAGAAAGGGAGAUCACCUGAUUCUGGUUACAGUCCAACACGAAGGCCAUUACGAGGAAGGCGAGAUGCAGCUCUGGGAAGCCACGGGUUCUCCUUUGAUUCCUUUGAUCGAGUUCAUGGAGCCCCAUAUCAUGAAGAAAUAUGGGGUUAAUCCCAACCCUGAAACAUUGGACAUUGUUGCUACUGCAUCUAGGCAAAAAGAGAUAACUGUGCUCCUGAAAAUUUAUUGGGGAGAUGCUCGAGAGAAGAUAUGUGAAUCUAUUGAUAAGAUUCCCCUCGACUGCCUUGUUAUUGGAAACAGAGGCCUUGGCAAAAUCAAGAGGGUUAUUAUGGGCAGUGUGAGUACCUAUGUAGUCAACAAUGCUACUUGCCCGGUUACCGUUGUGAAGAUCCAUGAUUAGGCCUGUGCAUUAUCAGCAAGAGCUUAUUAACGUUGUUUUUGGAACUCUUUGAUCUUAGUAUAACUGUUGUCUGUAAUGCAGCUUGUGGUUGGACUUAUGUCUGUAUAUUGCUGGCAGAGGAUGCUUGUUAAUCGUUUCGCUUAAAUAAAAAUACAGUUGGAAUUCAUUCUGAAUGUUA